AUGGCUGCAGCUGCCGACGCCACAUCCAUCACGCUUUACGACUUGUUGAGCAACUCACUUCUACUGCGCCAGAUUGCGCCCUACCUGCCCACCGCGUCCCUCCUCUCCCUCGCGCUCGCAAGCCGAGCAUUCAGGGCGCUGGUCUAUCACUCACCUGACUCAGUCCGCUACCUGGAUCUUUCGACGGUGAAGCCGGCUGUCACCGCGAACAAUGGGCCCCUCGACCGCAGCGGCAACAGCUGGCGCCCCGAACGCAUGGGUGAAGCGCUGACCGAGGACGACAUCUACUCCGAACCCCUUCUCAGUAUAUUCUCUCAGCUGGCUGACAAGAAGCACCACCACAUCCUGGAACACGUGCACACACUGGUGCUCGACGGGCUCAGCGUACCAGCCGACCUGGUGCGCAAGAUAGUCGCCGAAGACCGCUUCAACGUGCGCAUCCUGUCGAUCCGCGAGGUGGAGCAUCUCAACGAGCGCAAGCUGCAGCAAGUCUUGCGGUAUGCCGUCCGCCCCACUCGCCCACCCGGCACGCCUCGUCUCAAGGGCCUGUAUGUCUUUGGCGCCAAAGAACCUGGUCCUGCGACGGAGCUGGUGUCAUCCAAGAAGCAGCGGAGCCCGCCCCGAACCCCUGGCGGUGUCAUGAGCUCUCUUGGCGCGCAGAUCGGAGCGGAAUGGAACCAGCGGUCCAGCGACGCUUUGUCGUCCGCCUUGGCGCGCUCCGAGCACCACAAGUGGUACCAGUCAGAGGGUCGUGUACUGCGCAGGCGGCCAUCUGCGGAAUGGGCUGAGACGCUAAAGGCGUGCGAGGGUAUCAUAUUCUUUGACGCCGUCCUCUGCCGGGGGCCGCGCCACGAUAUUGCUGCCGUCUAUGCCGACAGCGGAUCCCAGGCUGCCUACCUCCCGCCUGCAGUUGCCAGCGUUGCUCUGGGACCGGCAGGCUGUCAGAGCUGUCACGGCUGCCCAGAGGGUCCGGCGAUGAUUCGUGACUCGCCAGCACAUCACUUGCCGUUGUUGAGUCCGCCACCGCUCCACUCUUCGACCAUCCGGGCUGCGCAGCAGCCGUCAAUGCUUCCAGGCACGCCACCGCCGAGGCUGAUUAUCCGGUGUGAGGAGUGCCUUCGCGGUCGUUGGUGUGAGCGGUGUAAUAAGUGGUGGGACGAGAAGUGCUUUGUCGGGAGCGCAAGCACCGUUCAUACCAACGGCUCAACGCUUACAGCCCUGCAGCAAACUGAAGCCCUCCAAGAGAUGGCGGCCGAGGGAAACCCUCCCCACGAUAUCAAGGUACAUAUGGGUCUCUGCACUGCACACUGCCUGGUCGAGGAGAUGAUGUCUGGGGCCGGGAGCGCUGGUAUGUGGGGAUGA